AUGUUAUCUUAUGCUGUAAAGAAAGCGGAAAACUGGAGAGCAGAAGCCGAGAACAAUGACAAUACUGUGGAAAGUAUUAUCGAGACUGCAAUCCUAGACCAGACGGGUGCUCUCAAGUCCUUUGGGCUUGUUGAAAGUCUGGAAGUCUUCAUUGAUCCUCAAAGCAGCGACAUUGUGGAUCAUACCCCAUUGCGUGCACACUUUUGUGGUUUCAAAUCAUAUCCAAGCUCUUCUCGUGCUGUUCCUUGCUUACUAGGUUCUCUUUCUCUCAUCUCUUACCCAUUAUAUUUCGUCUCUGUCUACUUGAUUUUCUUCUCUGUCUUAAUGACGUCCUGGUUUUCCGUCAAGGGUGUGAAGUCAGUCGCGGAACUUGUGCUUUCUGCGAUCAUUUAUAUCUUCGUCCCAAAGCCCACAUUCUAUGUAUGUCGGUCGAUUGGUAGGCAGCCGUUCUUCGAGGAAGGCAAGAUAAAGCAAAAGCUUCGGGGCAAGCAUGGUAAAGCGAUACUCGAGGAAGCUCUUCACCGUCACAGCCACGGGUUGGCAUUUGUCGCGAAACCUUGGUGGAAUCAAGCAUUACACAAUCAGAGGGUUCAACGUGGCCGGAAGUAUGAUUUUUACGGCAGAGCUAGCAAACAGCUUGGUGCAUAG